UCUCAACUCUUGCUGUCUCUCGUCUUGCCGCUUUCUGAACCGGAUCCACGUAUCAUAAGUCUGCUAUAUGAUCCUCUUUUCCUCGUUUUGCUAAAAUAAGUUGGAGACUACCCGGCUUUCUCUAUAUCUCUGCUUGUUGUCUAUCAGAACAUAGCAGGGCAUAGAGAACUAUGGCAUACGAUCUUCACGCGAAUAAAGGUCCUCACGUGCUGGGGAUUGUAAUAGCUUUCCCGAUCUUGGCGGCUUUUUGUCUGUCAUUGAGGUUAUACACUCGGUUCAAGAUUAUUCAUAAUGCUGCUCUUGAAGACUACUGUAGUGUGGUUGGACUGAUCUUCUCUAUUGCAACCUCAGUUUGCAUGGGCUAUCAAGUCAAGAAUGGCAUGGGAAGACACAUGCAAACGCUCACACCUCAAGAUGGCGUCAACUCAGUCAAGUUUCUCUUCGCCAGCAUCCUAACCUACAACAUCUCCCUGCUUUUCAUCAAACUCUCCAUCCUGCUCCAAUACCUCCGAAUCUGCAUCUCUCCGCGCGUCCGCCUCUUCUGUCACCUCACACUAAUCCUCAUCAUCUCCUACGGCAUCGAGACCUUCUUCACCGGCCUCCUAACCUGUCUCCCGGUUUCUUAUUUCUGGGACAAAACCAUCCCAGGAGGGAAAUGCGUCAACGAACCAGCAUUAUGGUUCGCUAAUGCCGGGAUCAAUAUCUUCCAAGAUCUAUGCUUACUCGUUCUUCCGUUUUUCAUCCUAAGAGAGUUGAUCUUGGGAAAGAGACAGAAAGCGGGUUUGAUGCUUGUUCUUUCUCUAGGGGCUUUUGCAUGCAUAGCAUCAAUAUGCCGCCUUCACGCUCUUUACGAAGUCUCCGUCAGCAAAGAUAUGACAUGGGAUAAUCCAGGAACUGCGAUCUGGUCCUCGAUCGAGCUCAACACGGCUAUAAUCUGCACCUCGAUUUCGGUACUGAAACCCCUUGUUUCUCGCCUUUUGCCUGGGAUGCUGUCUUCUCGUAAAUCGAGCGAGGCGCCGAAGAUUAGGAGUGGUGGUAAUGGGACCGUGUUGAGUUUUUCUGCCGGAAAGUGGAUGGAUACGACGCUGGCGAGUUCGGAGGACGGGAAGUUUGAGAUGAUGGAUGAGAGUGAGCGCGAGGUUUGGGGGCUGAGGGAGGUGAGGGAGAGUGUGGGUAGGGAGGCGGAGAGCAGGCAGGGGUUGAGGGAUGGAGUUGGUCCAAUGAGUGUCGAGGUGUAAGAAUAGGCUUGGGAGUAUGGGAGUAUGGGAGGCAUUGGAGUUUUGGUUUGUUUAUAAC